AUGGGGAAAUCAAAUGGAUACAACUUCCUAAUUCGUCGUAUCCGCUCUCUAUGGAAGCCAGAAGGACAUAUGGAACUCAUCGACCUAGAGCACGAUUACUUCUUGGCUCGCUUUGAGUUGCAGAGAGAUUAUGAUAUUGCUAGGUGUGAGGGGCCUUGGGUAAUUCAAGAUCACUAUCUUAUUGUUCAACAGUGGAAACCAAACUUUAGGCCUCAGACGAACAAAACUCAGAAGAUCUGUGUUUGGGUUCGGCUUCCAGACAUACCAAUUGAAUAUUUCGAUGAGGAGACCUUGAUCAAACUAGGCGACAAAAUCGGUAAAACCAUUAAGAUCGAUGACAUGACCUGCCUUGAGUCACGAGGGAAAUUCGCCCGCAUCUGUGUAGAGAUAGACAUAACCAAACAACUUCUGGCCAAGUUCACAAUUGAAGACGAAGAGUACCCAAUUGAGUACGAGGGCAUCCACCUCAUCUGCUUCAAGUGUGGAAAGUAUGGACACAAAUUCGAUUCUUGCGGCCAAGAUGUUCAGCAGCAACCUAAGCCUAGCACUGAGUCUAUGGAGGAUGAUUCACCCAAAGAAAAGACAGACGACAACCCCCAGAAGCCAGUUGAAAACCUCCAAGAAAAUACAACUAAAGCCCACCUUAAGGAUAGAUUUGGGCCAUGGAUGCUUGUAUCAAGGAAAGACCGAAGACCACCCGGAAGAAGUGGAAAUCAAGAUGCCACACAUAAGCAGUACAUGACGGAAAGAAACCAAGAUCCAAGUUCUUCCCGUGGCCCUAUCCCCCAGAAAUUUAAUACCAGAUUUGGCCCCCUCAACUACCUGAACGAGGAUGAUGAAGGCGAAGAAAGGAAUGAAGAUGUUAAUACCACCCAGAGGAACCCGGGCAAAGCACCAAUGGCAGGUCCACCGGCUAAUGGGCAGAACAAGAUUCGCCACCCAUCUGCGCACCAACGAGCUGGGGGGAAACAGAUUUUCCCAGAUAAGAACCAAGAGAAAGGGAGGGACUCGUGCUCACCCAGAAGAGCCAGUCCAGAAACAGAGAGAGGAGCUGCUAUUUGUCCUUAA